CUUCUUCCUCCAAGAGAGACUCCACCAAAAGCAUCUUUCCACCUAAAGCUUGGUGAGGCUGAGUUCCGGAGCAAAGAAGAUACGCACAGGUUUGUUCUCUAAUCUCUUCUCCUCCUCCAUACCUUCUUCGUCUUUUGUUUGUAAUCUUCUUUCUACUUUGAGAAAGAAAGGCAACCAGCUGUUUUUUGAAACUUGGUUAGCUCUUUAUUUCUCUUCCUGAGAUCCCAGAAGAGUCGUGUAUAGAUCUAGACUUUAUUUUAUUUAUUUUCUUUCUUUUGUUUUCCACUUGUAGUGGCUUUCAAGCAGGGUUUAUAUUUUUGCAUAACCCUCAAGUUCUUUUUUUUUUUUUCGUUGUAGAUCUAAAAAGGCCACCUUUUUAGUGCCUUAGUUGAUUUUUCAUCCUUUUCUUGUUAGAUCUAUACUUCUUUCUUUCUUUUUUAUCGAUUAGUUUCUCUUCUUCUCUGUUUUUUCCAUGGCUGCAGCUAUAAAUUUACAGAAUAGCUGGCCUUUUUACUCUUCUGAUUCUUCUGGUGAGGAGCUUAUGCAAGCACUCGAACCUUUUAUCAAACGUGCUCCCUCCUCCUCAUCUUCUUCUUCUCCUUCUCCGUCUCCCUCUUUGUCAUAUUCUCCUACUCAAGCCCCCACCUUUUCGUCUUCCCCUUCUUCUUCCUCCUUUUACUCUCCAUUUCAUUCUUCACUCUUCUCUCAAAAUUCCGUCUUGGAUUUCCCCUCAUCAUCGAUCGGGCUCACUCACCUCAACUCUGAUCAAAUUCAACAAAUCCAAUCCCAAUUCUAUCUCCAACAGCAGCAUCAGAUGCAACAUCCUAUCCUGCCUGAUAACAUCCAGAGCCUUCCACCUCCCCUGCCUCAGCGACAGAGCUUCCUCAGCCCACGGCCUGCGGCCAUGAAACACACUGCUGCCACGGCUUCAAAGCCCUUGAAGCUUUUCCGUGGUGUGCGGCAGCGUCACUGGGGCAAGUGGGUGGCCGAGAUCCGGCUGCCCCGCAACCGCACUCGACUCUGGCUUGGAACCUUCGACACCGCAGAGGAGGCAGCUAUGGCUUAUGACAAAGCCGCCUACCGUCUCCGCGGUGACUCCGCCAGGCUGAACUUCCCCAAUCUCCGGCAAAACGGCUCGCACCUCGGCUCCCCUCUCCACGCCUCCAUAGACGCAAAGCUACAGGUUAUCUGUGAGGAACUUUCGAAAGCUCCGGCGAAACAAGGGAGAGGUGCUGCAUCGAAGCAAAUUUUGUUGCAAAAAUCUGAUCUUGAUAUUCCUGUGGUUGCGGAGAACAAACCGGAAAGCUCCGUGGAAGAGACAGAGCUGUCGUUCUCAUCAUCUUCCUCUUCAUCUCAGGCAUCAUCUCCGGUGUCUGAGAUGGAUCAGUUGGACUUCACUGAGGCGCCAUGGGAUGAAUCCGAGAACUUUGUGCUGAGAAAGUAUCCUUCGUGGGAGAUUGAUUGGGAUUCCAUACUCUCCUGAAAAUAACAAAAAAAUGUAGUCUCCUUCCGUUGUGUUUAUUUGCCCGUUGCAAGUGAGGUUUUUGACAUUUGCUGGGGCGUAGGUCUUGAAUGAAUUCCUAGGCUAACAACUUUGUUCAGAAACCAUUUUUAGGAUGUUUUGUAGAUGUUGAUUGUGUUUGCUGUUGUUCAUAUUUCUCCAGGUUUUGCUGGUUAUUUUUUCGCUCAGCAGAAUCUGGAAGUGCCGGUUUGUUAUUGUGUAAUAUUAUCUGUGCAAUAACAUAUGUGUAAUCUAUUAUUUAGUUUUAUUAUA